AUGUCAUCACAAACAAAUAACACCAUCAUCGAAUAUCUUCAACGAGCUUGCAGAACUGUUCUUCUCCAGAUUGUUCACAGUUUGGAGAAAGAUCAGCAAGAGGAGCUUCGUUUUAUUUUCGGAGAACUUAUUAGGAAAGAACCUGGUGCUUUAAUCAUUAUAUCUUCCUUAGAAUAUGCGGGAAAGAUCUCUUGGUCAGACGUGUCUUUUCUAAAGGAAGGUUUGGUGGAAGUAAAGAGAUUGGAUCUUGCACAGAAGUUGACAGAAUUCGAGGUCAUGAGAAAUUUGACAGUUCUUCUUGAUUUCUAUGCAAGAAAGAGGCAAGGAAUCAGCGAAUCAAGCUGUAGUUCUCCUCUUGAUUCAGUGGAAAAGGUCGCAGGGUAUUUGCUGAUGAUUACUAGAGAGGUAUUUCAAGAUGGAUUCGAUGUUAGUGAGAGGGUCAGAUCUUUGUUGGGGGAGUCGAGAGAAGAUAUCAAGAACCUCAUGCUUGUGUUUAAAGAUAACUGUGACCAAGAACUGUCUGAUCCAUGGAGUAAGCUAACUCUUCUUAUCGUCAUCAGCGGUGAAAUUUUUGCCGUGGCUUUGGCGAAUGAAGAGCAUCACCAGAAGCAGGAAGUUAUGAAGCUGCUUUACACAGUGGCUGAAGAUCUCUGCUCUCGGAUUACUAAGGUGCUGAAGGGAAGUUGGGUGAGUGAAAAAUGAUAUUCAAUUUUACUUAAAAUAGGUAAACUGUUAUUAUAAUAUUUUCAAGUCUAGCUUAAUAUAUUGCAGCCGAUUUUGCUUUGAAGGAUUUUAACCCUAUAAAUAAUUAAAACACACCCAUGCUUUAAGGUGAUUGGUUUUAAUGAAACACGUGAUGUAAAUCUUAAACUGAAAGUAGAUUGAAAAGCGGAACGCGUUGCUACCUGCCUUUGGGUACUACGCUACGCACCAUACCUCAAGAGAGAUACAGCUCUGCCACAAUAUUGCCUCCGUUCAACUUCGACUUCAGAAUCGAACUUAUCCUGUGACAUUCCUGACGAGUGUUGUGAGCCUGUUAUAAUUAUUAUUUUUACUAGUAAUGACAUCUACAUCUUCAAUAAAAAUAAAAAUAUAAAUAAAAAAAUUAAAAAUAAAAUAUAUAACCAAGAAAUUGCUAUACUUAAAACAAAACUUAGAAUAAUUUUGCUCUAGGAAACGCUGAAUAAUUAAGUGCUCUGGUUUCAGGUGAUAAACAGUUCUAGUCCCUUAUAGCUCUUAGGGAGAAACUAUACUUAUAGUAAUCAUGAUGUACAGAUGGUUGAAUAAAUGAGUUCGUCGAGUAAUUUCUUGUUUCCAAAGGUUAUAACCAAAGGUUAGGGAGUGUGGGCGACAACGAUCGAAGGUCUAAACGCUUUUGCUCGAACGCUGUGCUUUGCGUUUUACGUGACAGAUGGAUGGUCAUGUCCUACAGUAUAUUACAUCUUUCAUUUUCCUUUACCCCAUCUGGUUGGUGUUCACACCACGUCUCACUUUUGUUCAAGUCAUACUUACAGCAGAACUUCCAAUGGGCCAACCUGGCAAUGUUGUCAUGUCUUCUCUUGUACUAUUUCUGCGCCAAACUGACUCUCGGUUAUUAUAUGAUUUAUUGUUUCAACCUUUUCAGGGGCACCCAACGACUGUUUUCUGUAAAGUAUGUCUUCGAAGAAGCAAAUAUUGCCUAGAAUUUUCCUUUGCUUGAGGACGGCUAAAAAUUUCUAGAUGAACGUUCUAUUCAAUAUGUACAAUUUUCAAAGCUUAUCUAAUAAACUCCCUAUGAUUUUCUGAAGUUUAAGUUUUCAUAUUUUACAACUCAGCUUACACUAUUUUUCUAAGAAAAAGGAAACCUAAAAUUUUCGGACUUUAAAAUGUGGAGGAGAGAGGAAUCAGAAAAAUUCUCACUUUCGUAAAAAAUAUAAAACGUUAGAUUGCACCUAAAAUUUGUAUAGGUAAUAGCAUGAUUUUGUAGUGAUAUUUGGCAUAAAUACCACGAGUGAUAUUUCGAAAUUGUUAUACGUUACUAGUUCACGAGCCGUUCGGCGAGUGAAAUUUGAGACAAUUUGGAAAUAUCACUAGUGGUAUUUAUGCCAAAUAUCACGUACAAAUCAUGCUAUUAUUUGUUUAUACUACUACCCGCAAAAGGUUUGUAAUUUUCACAUGUAGGUAUUUCAAAUUAAGCUGAAAUACCACUGCUUUAAGCCAAUCAAAUUGUAGUNUCACGUACAAAUCAUGCUAUUAUUUGUUUAUACUACUACCCGCAAAAGGUUUGUAAUUUUCACAUGUAGGUAUUUCAAAUUAAGCUGAAAUACCACUGCUUUAAGCCAAUCAAAUUGUAGUAAUUUCUUAUGUAGUAGUAUAAUCGGGAAAAUAAUACUGAAGCCCUUGUAAUUUCGAAAGGACUUAAGUUCCCCUAGCAUGACCGAACAGAUAAAAAUUGUGUAGUGCCCCUACAAUUAGAAUGCAUUCCUAUAGAUCCAAAAGUACUCUGGAUACGACCUAAAAA